GGCGCGUUACGUCGCUGUGCGUGCAGGCGGCUGCGUCGGGCUGCAGGAGAAGAUGGCGGUCUCCACAGGAGUUAAAGUUCCUCGUAAUUUUCGCUUGUUGGAAGAACUUGAAGAAGGACAAAAAGGAGUAGGCGAUGGUACGGUUAGCUGGGGCCUUGAAGAUGAUGAAGAUAUGACACUUACAAGGUGGACAGGCAUGAUUAUUGGGCCACCAAGGACAAAUUAUGAAAACAGAAUAUAUAGCCUGAAAGUAGAAUGUGGACCUAAAUACCCAGAAGCUCCUCCAUCAGUUAGAUUUGUAACCAAAAUUAAUAUGAAUGGAAUUAAUAAUUCCAGUGGAAUGGUGGAUGCACGGAGCAUACCAGUGUUAGCAAAAUGGCAAAACUCAUAUAGCAUUAAAGUUGUACUUCAAGAGCUAAGACGUCUAAUGAUGUCCAAAGAAAAUAUGAAGCUUCCACAGCCACCAGAAGGACAAACAUACAACAAUUAAUUUUAGUGGAUCUCAAACUUGUCUUAAAUCAACAGCCUUCUACUCAUGUUAAUGUCUUGAUUAAAUAUCACAAUGCAAAAUACCCACACAUUAAGUAAAAGAAUUCCAGCUGGUAAACAUGACCUGGACAUUUGUAAGAAUAUAUUUAAUAUAUGUACACCAUUAUGUUUUCAGCUUACAGGAGGAAAAAUGCAGCACCAUUUUUUUUCUCUUGUUAAGGCACUGUCAUUUAAGCAUAAACCUGGAGUACUCAAAAUAGAAUUCAGGUUUACAAGAUGAAAGCACGGAGAGAAGAGUCAGACGCUGUGGAAGCAUGUGUGUUUCUGAAAAGUAAAAAAAUCUCAAGAAGAAAAAACAGAAAUGGCAUGCUUUAUCCAUCUUGCUUAGCGAAAGAGCUUCAAGUUGAAAUUGUCUAAAGUAGCAGGUACAAUGAAUCUUGUCACAAAUUGUGUUAAUUUUUGAAGCGGUGUGGGUGCUGACUACUAGUAGUAUCAAAAAUAUGUUCAGGAUUGUUUUGAUACCUGUAUUUAUGAUAAAAAAAUGUCGUGGGGGAGGCCGAUGAGUAUCUGUUAAAAGCCGUUCCUGUGUGUUACAUGUAACAGACAUGGUAAAUAUUUGUUUACAGUCUUUGUUUGACAAACCAUGCAUUUAAGUGAAAUCAACAAAAAAAGGAAAUAGACGUAUGGAUAUGUGAUUUUGAGAUUAAAGUUAGUCUUAAAAUGUAAAUAAAAUGUGGAACGUGUCCUCAGAAACCGUGCCAUUUCUAUUAUAUUGAUGUGGUAUAUGUACAGUACCUUGCUGAGGUAGCAAAAAUUGGAAAUAUUGUAGCUAUUCAUCUAUAAACACCUUUUAUUAUUACUCUAUUUUGUAUACUUCUUGUGAAUUGGAAUUUGCAGAGUAUCUCAGAGAACAAAUUACCGAAUUAGUUUAAUUUCUUCUUUGGAGAAGGAGGAAUCCUGGGUAUUAAUUAUAUUUUGAAUUUGAGUUUACCAGAAAUAUUAUUUAAAAAUGUUUGAAUUCUAGCAAUUCUUAUAGAAUUAUAGACUACAGAUGAUCCAAGUACACAUUCCAUUUUUAAUUCUUUAGUUUUCUGUGACAUGUCUUCCCCUAGUGCUUUUAAUACUUACUAAUUGGGAUUAAUUGUAUCCAGUUUCACUUAAUCUCCACUUUGGCAGACGCUAAUUUUGACCUGAAAGUUCAUUUGUGUUCUGCCUUUACCGAAAUAGGCUUUAGGUCACUUUUUCAUUUCAAAGCACUGGGUAUACUACUUUGUUAAAAAUACUCCCUUCUUAUGAAUUCACUGCAGAAAAUAGAAAGGUGGUCAGGUAGCAAGGACAAAUUUCUCAAAGGUGUUCUGACAUGUUUUUAUCAGUUCAUUCAAAGUUAAAGAUCUGGGCUACUUUUUCUUGAUCAAUAAUACAUAAAAGUCAGUGACAGUUUGUCUAAAGUUACUAAUUUCAACAUGGCUAUUCUUUUUCAUUAUCAAAAGAGGUUUAAAAUGCUUUCAAAUGACAGAUAGAAAAUAUAUACACACAAAUUAGUGCAUGUGUAAUUUAUUAAAGUAGGUUUGAAAUGAAUUCUUACCUUGGAAUACAUUCUUAAAAAUUUUAAAUGGUUGAAGAUGAACUUGAAUUACAAUGGCAUCAUAUGCAAGACCAUUGCCAACGGUCUGAAUCAGUUUAACUCCUUUUCCACUUUGAGAAUGUGUCUUGUCACACAUGGGGGCUAAUAACCAUUUGAAUGCUGUUAAAUUUAUAUAGUGGUGGGCUGAGAGUCUGAGUACUUGGUCACUUGUCCUUUUCCCUUUUCCCAUAUCCACUAUUGUGAAGGGUUUCUUCUCUCAAGUAUAUGUUGUGUGAGUCAGCCCUAGAAUGUUUAUUUCCUCUGUUUUGUCUUUGGGACUGUGGAUCUCUGCAGAAAUCUGCAUGCCAAUUAGCCAGUUCCCAAAGCAGAACCCAUUUUGCAUGUCACAAUCAAGAUAUACAUGGCAAUCUAAGACACACUGGUUGAUUAUGGAAGGAGCUAAUGUAGAGCUGCUCUUAAUUACAGUAACAUUUCUAAGGCUGCAUUUUUGAAGCAAUUUUUCCUUUGUUUUCUAAAGUGGCUAAGGUUGUAGGAAUGUGUGGUAUUAAAUGAACUGUAAAAUUGCCUUUGAAACUUGUUUAAAAGGCUAGCAGUUGUGACCCUAGGGGGAUGAUCAUAUAUUAAUAAAGAUUACAAAAAUAAAAUUCUUGUCCUGUUAGGUCAGUGUUAUGCUUUAAUGGUUUUAAUUACUAGUUUUCAGAAUUGCUGAUUGUAACAUUUUACUAAUAUUUUAAAGUAAUGGCAUUUGUUAGGGGUUUUCAGAAUUUUGACACAAACAUUUGUAAGGAUAGUCAGUAGUAUUUGAGUCUUCUGGGUGUAAUACAUAAGAAAUUUAUAGUUUCAGAUUAUCCUUUUAAAAGAAUUUAUCACUUCAGUUUGAGUGCUUGGAGAGUAUAUUAGUUUCACUACAUAUGGUUAAUUAGUCUGGAUAACUUAAUACCAACUCAUUGAUUUAAAUAUUUCCCACUGAAAAAUAUUAUUGAUAAAUAUAUGUAAAAUUAAUAUUGUAUUGAAAAUUUCGAGGAGGCAGAUGGAAACUAUUAGCACAUUAUCCUUAAUAGAUUUGGUGUGUAUGGCUUUGGGUGGUUCUGGUAGGUGCAUCAUGGAAUUACUUUGGUCAGAACGAUGUUAACGUUUUUAGUGAGCACAUGACUAUGUUCUUAACGUGCAUUUUAAAGACUAUAGGUACUAAUGAUAAAGUCAUGAAUAAUGGGAUUUGGGAGGUAUUUAAGGUUAUUUUUCCCCUGAUUUCUUUUUAGAAGUAUAUUUUUUAGACGUGUAGAAUCAUAGUAUCAUUUAUUGCUGGGGAGGAUCUGAAAGGCACUGAUUUUACUUUUCUGAUAACUAUCAAUAUAAUUUUCCAGUACCAACUUGAUUGAUUUUUGGUUAUUUUCACAAAAAGUUUCCAAUUUUCACAACUCUGGACAGUAUAUGUAUUUUGAAUAUAAAAUAGAAACAUAAAAAGGAAUGGAUGCAGUGCAUUACAGAAUUGGUAAGAGCAUUAGCUGUUAAUUCCCACCCAGUACCUUGUUUACUAAAAAGCAGGAAAUGUAUGGAAAUAAAGUAUCUUUUAUGCUAAAGUUAGUAUGUCUUAUAGAAGUUACAAAGAGUGGAUGGAAAUCUUACCAUAGUUCACACUGAAAGUGUUAUUUUAAAAUUAUAGUGGAGCAUUGAAAAUAAAAGAUACACCCUGAGCAUUUUCUGAAGAGAAAAUUUUGAAGGUAUUUGAUGAUACAGAAAGUGACAUCAGAACCAUCGUUUUGUGAAAUAAGGGAGUUUUGGAAACUCCUGGGGUGAGUACAUGAUUAAAAAAAUAAUAAUUGGAUAGGAAGAGGUUGCCAUGGUGUUUACAUCCUUAGUAGGAUAUUCUCACCAAAAAAAAAAAAAAAAAAAAAUUCCUAAGGGUCUGUUUCAUCUCAUUUUACAUAUAGUCUGUAAGAACAACCCACAAGUUUUUUUGGCCAGUUCAUUUAGGAAAUCAACGAUGAAAGCCAGAUAGAUCUCACUUUCUUAACUUAGAUUUCAGUAAUCAUUUUUCUCUGAAGUAACUGACCAAAUACCAUGUAAGGUUUGCGCAGCGAUCCAUCUGCCAAAAGUAGACUUCUGUGAAUUCUUUUGUCUUGUCCUUGUUCAAUAAUUAGCUGUGUAAGUGUAUCUAGAAGUUUUGGCAGCCAAGAAAUUCUGCAAAAGUGAAGUUAAUAUUCCGCCCCCAAAGGAAAGCUAACAGUCGGCACUAAGAAUCCCAAUAGUAAUGAGAAACCUGUGGUCGGUAAAGAGGCAAAUUAUUGAGUUGAGAGUAAACACUUUUAGUUGUUUAGUGCAGUAGUUGAGUAAUUUUUAAAAAUAUUUUUUUCAAAAAUUAUAAGGAAUCACUUAACACUUGAGUGUAUAUUUUUCAUGCCAUAUAAUUGCCUUGUUUUAAAACAUUAGAUGACAGGGUAAUCUGGAAAAUUUACAAUGUAAUGUGAAGUGAGGUUUUAACAGGAUAUCCUCAUAUUGUAGUAAAAUUAGUUACAAUCAACACGUAUGGUAAUUGUAAAUGCUUUAUUACAGGGUGGUAUUUUGCAGCCUUUGUGGUUUAGCAGCCUUUACUUUAAUAGAGGACCGAAAGUAGAUUUUCUUCACAGUUGAUAGCUGACAAAGAGAAAUGUAUUGUUUUACUCCUUUUCAAGCCAAGUAAGUAAUAAUGAUUGUCAGAUGUCCAGAUUAUAUCUGUUAUCAUAAAUUAUCUUUCUAUUGCUAUAAUUUAAAAAAUCUAGAUAAAGUGGGCAAUAGACUUCUUCAGUAAUUGCAAUACUCAAGUGAAAAUAAUUGAGUACACAAGAAAAGUAAAAUACUUAGUUGCCUGGGUUUCUUAGUCUUUAGUAAUGUAUGGACUUCUUUAAGGAGAAAAAUAAUACUUGUGGACUCAGCAUUGUUUUGAAUUAUUUUUGUUAAAACAUUGUUUAAUGCAUAAAACUGUACUAAUGCAAAUGUUGUAUAUGCUCUUGGGCCUUUAUAAAAUUAUAAAGUAAAUUGCAUACAACUACAGAGUAAUUAAAAUGUAAAAUAAUUUA